UUGAAAAGUGUGAAAUCUUAUAUAGUGGUUUUCACACAAAAAUGCAGGUAGACUGACAAUGUGUAGAAAUGAAUGCGGCUGACGGUAGUUCUGCACGUUUGCUGCCUUGCUGGCUGCAGCAUUCCUCUUGAAUGUUGAGACAUUCAAGAGGAAUGCUUGAUGAAAAGACAUCAAGCCCUCCCACAGUAUCAAAUUACUUUACAGCACAAAUUAUCCCCCUUUAUUCUGUCCCUUCAUUCCCCUAACGGCCACAGUAGUUGACAGGUUACCAACGGCGAUGGUGGCAUGUUACUGUUAACCGAAGACACUUUAACUUCAACAAAGAAUCCACCUCUUGUUCUGAAGAGCAGCUGAACUGCGUGAUGGGGCUUCUGAAAAGCACCAACAGCCUGUUGCAGAGUGUUAAAUAAUUUUGUGGUGGGUAGAAGGUCAACAACAGCUUCACAGCAGACCGCUUAAUGUACCCCAUAGUGAUGGUGCCGUGGCAGGACAAACAGUCUGGUUUGUGAGCAUCUUGGCCGCUUUCCCAGCUCGGCAUUAUAUCUUGUAUCGUCAUGAUGAUCUUGACGGGGCGUUGUGCCGUGUCAACUCACAGCCAUGUCUCCUGGUCCUGGCACACUGUGGCUGGCAAAUGCUGGGGCUUAUGUCUUAGAUUAGAAGGGCCACUAGGGGUCUCUCUGAGACAAAUCUUUAGAGGCAUGUUGCAUGACUUUGAAAAGUGCCAGAUCAUUUUAAGAAUAGCAGGAGGAUUACACAGUUGAAUCAAGACCCCUCUGAAAGGGUUUCAACAAUAACUGAAUAUUCUAAUCUUCAAAAAGUUAGUUAGGUAGACCAAAAAAACUGUCAACUGACAGUUUAUUGUCUGUAAAUUAAUUUCCUACCAGUUUGACCUCUUACUGUACUGCUGAAGGUUCUUGAGCCUAUGACUCUAACAUAACCUUGUGAUACUGUACGCCCGCGUGAGGGAAAAAAAUCUAAUUUAAAUCUUCUCAUGUUGGAGCAAACCUUUGUUGGACAUUGUUAAAUUCAAUGGCUUAGAAAUGUACAAUCAGUUGAAUCCCCAGGUUAUUAGAAGUCAACCAGUGCUCAUAUGUGUAACAGUACGUCCCCCCAAAACAUAAAAGUCAGGAAAGGCAUGUGAUUUUCACCCCGUUCCUUACAUCAUGAUGUCAUGUAACGUGUUUAUAGGUUAUGUCAGAGGGAUUUAAGUGGUGUACAAAUAGCAUGCUCUAAAUAAAACAUGGCCCAAGAACAAAUGCUCAUUUUCGAGCUGUGGACCUUAAUGCAAAACAUUUUUGAUUUGAAGUUACCUUAUAAUUUUCCCCAUGACCCCCCCUUCCCCUGUCAGUGUCAUGUGACCUCUGAAAGUCCAAUGCCAUGGCUGCAGCAAACAGUUGGGGGGAGGUGAAUCUGCUGGGAUUAGCCUACACGGUCAACCACCUGACAACACCAGCUCACCGAUGGCCACAGUCUGCAAACACCAGGGCACCAACAGGUAACAAAUCCCGCUUCUUCUUUUUUUAAAAAAAAGUUGUUCUUAUUUAGAGAUGACCAUGAGAUUGAAUUCAGAUGGACACGAAACGAGUUGGCGUUGAACAUGUAAAAUCAGAGCACAUGCGGAGGAAAUUAGGCCAAGAAGCUGUCAAGGAUGAUCUUCUGAUCCCAUCACCGCAGCAGCUUGGGUCUGAGUCAAGUUAACACUUACCCAGGGUCAGUGUCACAACCUCCUUCACACCUACUGUGUUAACCAGUAAGUUAGUAGCUUCGUGUGACUCGGACACAAACACACAUCAGGGUCCUUUCUUCCACUUAAGAUGGGGUCCCUGGAGGAAGAGCUGACGUGCUCCGUGUGCCGAGACAUCUUCAGCCAAUCCCUCCCGCUGCCCUGCGGUCACAGCUUUUGCCCCGCCUGCAUCCGUGAGGCCUGGGGCACUCUGGGUGAGGGCAAAGUUCGCUUUGUCUGUCCCCAGUGCCAGGAGGAGCAUGGUGAAGUAUUGUGUGACUGCUGCCCCCCUGAGGCAGAGGAAGGGCAGCCAGCAUUGGCUGUCAAGACCUGCCUGAAGUGUGAGGUGUCGUUGUGUGCCGAACACCUCCAGCCCCAUCUGGAAAGACCGGCAUAUAGCACCCAUUUGCUGGUGGAUCCACUGGGUGACCUCUCCCAGCGAAGGUGCCCGACGCACACAGAGAUAUUCCGCUACUACUGUGCAGAUGAGCGGGUGUAUGUGUGCGGCGACUGUCUGCUGGAGGGAGGCCAUGUUCAGCACAAAGUGAAAGCACUGAGACAAGUGGAAGAUGACCUGAAGGUCAUUCUGCAGACGCUGCUCACAAAAGCAGAGGAAAAAUUGAAAGAUGGAGAGCGAAUGCUCAAGGAGCGUGAGAAUGUUGAUUCCACUAUGGCCGACUCUCAGAAAAAGGAUGAAACGCAGGUGGAGCGGCUGGGCUCAGACCUGCAGCUGCAGGUGACGAAGCUGGUGGUGGCCCUGAGAGAGAUCACCAAGAAGGAGAGACAGCAGGUCAUUGAGCGUGUGCACCAGGACUGCUCCAGGGUGAGGGACGACAUGAGCCAGACGCUGAGCAUCCAGCACUACCUGAUCUCACUGCUGGCAGAGCCGGACCCCUUUCUGCUCAUCUGGGCUUUUCAAUCAGAUGACACAAAGUUACUUGCUGACCUGAACAGCCCACUCUUUAUCCCCGAUGUUGUCAGUCUGGACAAGAAGCAUAUCUUGGAGGACAUAGAGAGCAAAUAUCGCGAGUUCAUCACCUCCACCCUCCGCUGCCUCAGUGAACUCAAGAGGGAGCUCUUAACCAGUCCUUUGAGUCUGGACACAAACACUGCCCAUCCUCUCUUGAUCAUUGCGGAUGACCUUCGCUCAGUGACGCGGGUUAAGAGCCGCCAGACGUGCCCCGCUCACCCCGAGCGGUUCGACCACUGGCCACAGGUUCUCACUGUCCAGACCUUCUCUUCUGGGACUCACUACUGGGAGCUGGAGGCCGAGGGAUUCUGGGAUAUUGGUGUCUGCUACAGAAGUAUUGGACGGAAGGGGAAAGAUGGCAACGCCUUUGGGAACAACAAGGUAUCAUGGAGCCUGACGCAGCAGCACGACAGGAAGCUGGCUGCCUGGCACAACCGCAGAAAGACCCGCCUAACCCACCAGAUGACCGGCAACCGAGUUGCUGUAGCUCUAGACUAUGGCGCAGGAACCAUCAGCUUCUCCGAGGUGGGACCGUCCAGCCAUCUGACCAACCUCCACACCUUCUCCGCAUCUUUCACUCAGCCGGUGUGCUUGGGCUUCGGCCUCUACAAAGCUGAGCUCAACAGCCGCAUCUCUAUUGUCAAAGUCUGAGACACAGCAAAGGCAAAAGAAGGUCCGAGAGUAUAACUGUGUGACAACUGUGCUGGUUUGACUCAAACACACUCCAAGACAAUUCAGUGUUGAUAUAUUUCCCACGAACCACACAACUCUUUGCAGGAGCUUUUGCCAACUGGAACCUUAAUAGCCGAGCUCAUCUUCCAAAAGCACAUCAAUCAAAACUGUGAUCAGGUGAUACUCUCAUGUCAAUAAUUUCUGACACAGAAGAGUGAGAAUAGCGCUCGAAGGGAGAUCAAAUUAAGACUCAUUUGAAAAAGGACAGAAAUAGAUUUUCAUAUCGAGACUACAAUAUUAUUAUGUGCUUUUCAUUUCACAGUGAUAUAAAAAAUGCAAGUAACUGGCUACUAAAAAUACUGCCAGUUUUAGAAACACCUAAAUCUGAUGCAAUCUAAUACAACAGCUGUUUAAUAAACCCUACGUCCAUGAAGGCUAUACUGUUUAGAGAGGUUUUGAUUCAUCUCUGUGUUCACUAUGAAGGUUCUACUUUAUGGUGCUUUUGAACUGUAAUGCAUCAAGAGGCGUUUCUAAUAUUUAGUUAACCCUCCUUGAUAUAAACAGGGACAAAUUGACAAGUACAUUUUGCCUGAUGCCGUGUUUCUGGAGCAGUGCACGGGGCCGAUACCUCUGUUUGACUGAAGAUUCAAUAUGGUUUGAUUCACAUUGAUUGUUGAAUUUAUGUCUAGCUGUGCCUAUACCUUCUUCACCAGCCUGGUGAAGAAGGUAUAGGCACAGCCUUAUAUCUGCUAUAGUGUCUAAUUAAAGUAGUUACACAUCUACAGAGCACUGGAGCUGCGAGCGUUUUCAUUCACACAAAGGUGCACAGGCAACCUUGGCGUGAAGCCACAAAGGAAGUAACUCCUGAUUGGAUUGGAUAUUACAGAAAAAAGGGAAA